AUGUUCAAUUUCAUCAAUACAAUCGCCGAGCUCCAGCUAUCUUCUUCGCCACAAGUUAGUCAAGAAAAGCCGUCUCUUCAUCCUGUCGACUGGGUAUCAGCUCGAUGUGUGGCACAUCAAAUGCUUGAUGCAUCGCUGGAUCAUAUUCAAUCUAUAGGAGAUCGACCUGUCUGGCCACCGAUCCCAGAUGAUGUUCGCGCAGCACUCGAGAACGAACCACUUCCUGAACAAGGUCGAUCCCUCUCGGAUGUCUGUCGCGAUGUGUCCACUUAUGUGAUACCUUGUGCCUCUACGAAUAUACAUCCUCGCUUUUUUGGCUGGGUGAUAAGUGCAGGCACUUUGGGCGGUGUACUAGCCGAUAUGAUAGCAGCAACACUAAAUACAAAUACCGGCGGGGGCGCUCAUAGUGCUUCGCUUGUCGAGCGAACUGUCGUUGAGUGGAUGCGUCAAUUGUUCGGUUUCCCGGAAGCAAGAACUGGUGGAAUACUCGUCAGUGGAACAUCCAUGGCGACUGUGAUCAGGAGGGCAACGGCUCGACGAUGGGCACUAGCGAAUAGCCCGCAACUGGUUGCUUAUGCAUUGACGGAAGUGCAUGGAUGCGUUGCCAAGGCAUUUGCGCUGUUGGCACUCGGAUCAAAAGCAUUGCACCUUGUACCGGUUGAUGAUAAUUUUCGGAUUAAAGUCGACGAACCAAGAAUGAUAAUUAGAAGUGAUUGUGGUAAGGGUCGUACCCUCUUUUGCAUAAUUGGAAAUGCAGGUAAGUGUAGUGUAGAAGUCUAA